AUGCUUCCUGGACUGGCCUCUGUGCAGAAUGUGGAUGUUGUGGUGGUGGACCGCCUGCGGUGGUGGCGCACGCAGCGGGAAACACGAACGCAGAUCUCAACAACAGCCAUGCGAACCCCAAUCUUAAGAACACCCACGCAAACCCAAACAACCGUACAGAGACGACAACGAUCCCAUACAGCUCCACUGCAAAAGAUCUCAUCAAAAUCAUCAUCUCCUCAUCCUCAUCCUCAUCCUCAUCAUCACAAUCAUGAGAAUAAGAAUAAUGAUGGAUUACACAAAAUACCACAGACGGCUAUUGCAUUGCGUAAUCCAAAGUUACUUGUGUUUGUGCGUGGGGAGGCCACUGUGGAGGACCGGGAUGCGGUGCAGAUGGCACUGCGUGAACUGGAAGGAGAUGUCUGGCUCACACAGUUACUCUCCACAGAGCGGGAUUUCUACAGUGCGCAAGUACGUCCUUCUCCCACUAGUGGACGAUGUGCUUUCUCACUAUUGCGUGAACGUUCACGCCGACGGGCCGCCUCCGUACCGGCUUUACCAUCCAUCGCACUUAAUCUUCAAAGCCGCAGUCGUAGUCGUCGGCGUCGCAAUAACACCACCAACACCACCAAUACUAACACCAAUAAUGUUAGUAGAAGUAGUAGCAGUAGUAAAGAUAGUAGUAGUAAAGCGAUGCGAAGAAGAGGAAGAAGAAGAGGAGGAGGAGGAGGAAGUGUAAGCCGAUGUGGAAUGCGUAGAGGUGUAUUGGCGAGCAAUAAGGAAAAAGUGGCGCUUCCAUCUAUUCUACGGCCUGCGCAUCAGUGUCGUCGAGUAGAGUGUCUGCAGGAUGCGUAUGUAUUUCACCCAGAAGCGGAUUAUGUAGGCGAUGGGGCCUUUUCUCGUGUAUUCCGCGCGAUGCCGGUAUUCCGUGGAAACCCUAGUGAUACCUUUGUGGCGAUUAAAGUAAUCCCUCGACGUCGAUGGAGAAAACCGGGUUUAUUAACCAAUUCCAUUAUUCUAGAUGAGGAAAAGAAGGAAAGAUAUGUAGAUAGACUAUCUGGAACCCCAUCAACAGCAGAGAAACCAUCUACAUUACACUAUUUAGAUCGAGCCAUGGCGGCAGUGGCGAAUAGUGUUGCUGUGAGUGGAGCUGCUGCGAUGUAUCGUCGUAGUAGUUUAGAAGAGCAGGAGGCAAUGCAUCGUGAACUUGUUGAGAUUGAACGGGAAAUAUCAACCAUUCGUCGAUUACACCACAACUCUUGUUCACAAUUCAUAGAAGCCUUACGUACACCGGAUGAAUUUGUUAUUGUGAUGAAUAUGGGAAAAGGAUGUUUGGAUGCCCGACGAUAUUUAGAAAUGUAUGGAUCUCCUUCUGAAAUACGAGUGGCAUUAAUUCUCUAUCAAUUAGUGGGAACGGUGAAUUACUUACAACAGUGUGAAGGGAUUAUUCAUCGUGAUAUUAAAUUGGAAAAUGUACUACUAUCUCGUUUAGAUAUUUCACGAGAUCAAAUUCAUCAGGUACUUGGAGAAGAUGUAGUGCAGCCAAGACACUCAAGUGCAAAUAACCGAGAACCACAUACAUACAAUACACAAGAAGGAGAUGAUGAAGAAGAAGAUGAGGGAAAUGACAAUCAAGGAAGUAUUACUGAUUCUAAACAAUAUAAAACGAAUAGAGGAAAUGGCAAUAAACCGUAUACACAUUCCCAUUCCAUAUGGGGAUCAUUUUCAUACCGAAAGAGACCUGAAGAACUUGAUCAAUUACUUAAAGUAACACUUAUUGAUUUUGGUCUUGCACGGCGAACCUCACGACGACCUGAGAAAUAUCGUGGACGUACCACACAAGAGGGAACUUUACAACGAUCUGGAUUACAGGGAAAUAAUAAUAAUAAUAAUAAUAAUAAUAAUAAUAAUAAUAAUAGUAUUAUUAGUAGUCGUGGGAUUCGUGGAGGUAUGCCAACACCGGUGCCAUCGGCUAUGAAUAUAUUUGUUUCUGUGGAUAGUGAUAGUAGUUCCUGUGCUUCUAGUACGAAUAAUACUCCAUCGGUUACUUCCGCCUCCUCUGCGGCAUCUCCAUCUUCAUCUUAUUCUUCAUUAGACUGUACAACUCUUGCGAAUGAUGAAAUGGAGACGAAUGUUACUGCCCACAACAGUAAUAAUAAUAGCAGCAAUAAUAAUAAUAAUAAUAAUAAUAAUAAUAAUAAUAAUAAUAACAACAAUGGGCAUGAUAUGCCUGCCAGUUUGGAAGAAGGUAAUGGAUGUAAUAGUGGAGAGUUUGGACGAAUGGGGAUGGAUUUACAAUUCUCUGCAACUGAUCUUCCUUCAACUACAGUAGAGAGUGGAACACCAGUCACUAGUAUCUCACGAGAUGUACUUCCUGAGAUCAGCGCCACUCAUCAAGAUUUCUUAUUAAGUGCAGAUGUUGAUGUAAGCACAAUACGAGAUCCUAACAGUCGUACCAUGGAUGAACCAUUAAAUCCCACAUCUCUCUCUAAUGUUCCCAUCCCUCACACUAAUAAUAAUAAUAAUAAUAAUAAUAAUAAUAAUAAUAAUAAUAAUAAUAAUAAUAAUAAUAAUAAUAAUAAUACACAAUCAACAGCACCAACAACAGCAGCAGCAGGAGGUAUUUCACUCCCCAUGUGUCCUGCAGAGAACAAUACAGAGAUGCGUCAACGUUCAAGCCGUGCGGAGGAAUUACAAGAUGAUGGAGAUUCCAUAUUGUUCCUAACACCGUGUGGAACAGACAAAUACCUUCCACCGGAGAUGCUGCGUUGGAUUGUCUCCUAUGGAUGGGAACGGAAACCCACACCUGUACGUUUAGCAAGAAAAUUAGAUGCCUAUGCAAUUGGUAUUGUGGCUUAUGUUCUCUUAAGUGGUUGUUUCCCAUUUAAUGGAACCUCACGGGCAAGUAUGGUUCAACAACAACAACGAUGUACACCAAAGUGUAAUAGUGAACAUUGGCGGCAUAUUAGUAAUGAUGCCAUUUCAUUUGUACAGUCUUUAUUAGAACCCGAUCCGGAAGUACGAAGUUCCGUCGCGGAAGCCCUUUCACAUCCCUGGUUACGUCGAGUUUCACGAUUAGCAGAGAAAUUAGGUCUGGUGCCAAUGCCGGAAGAUGAUACGCUUUUCUCUGGAAAGGCAUUUGCUGUUCCCAUCUCCGCCAGUCAAUCCACUACACCAAUGGCAUCCCAACAACGAACAUCUCCACAAGCACAUGAUAAUAGUACGAGUACAACGCAUCGGUAUAGUGAUCCAUUUCUCUCUAGAAGUAGAAACCGAUCCACACAAGAUAACAUGAGUCGUGAUGAUACCAUCUAUACAACACAAGGAAAACGUCCAACCUCUCAUGUCUCUUCACAUGGAAUGGAUACACCACACGCUGUCUCGUUAACACCACCAUUGUUUAGUGAAAAGGCAGGAAAUAGAGAGUUAUGCCCAACUAAUACUAAUACUACUACUACUACUACUACUACAGUAACGGCUGCUACUACUACGACUACAACGCCUACGAUACAGGCGAUAAGACCUGAGAAUGAAGAGAGUUCUCCACAUUAUAUAUCCCCACCCGUACAGGCAUUAUCACCACCGUCAAGAUCACCCAAUAUAGCAACUCCAACAGCAACAGAACUGUUUGAACAAAUUGCGGUUACAAAUGGUUUAAAACGUGAUGAUAAUAGUAAUAAUAAUAAUAAUAAUAAUAAUAAUAAUACCACUACUACUACUACUACUACUACUACUACUACUGUUACGGUGGAAACAAUAGGUUUACAGAAGGGAGAUGCAAAGCAUCAUGUGUUAAAGAGUCUAGGGAAGAAUGAGAGAGAGCAGCAGGAAACGGAGAAGAAAGAGGAGGAAGAAAGUGAAGUUGACGAUGAUCCUUUUACACGUGUGUUUAAAACAGUGAUGUCGGAACAGUAA